AUGGCUCCGCAAUCAAAUGUCAUGGCUACUGUCUUCGAAAAGACGCCCGAGGGCACCAUCUAUCGCUCUCCUGCCGAAUAUUCUAUCCCAGACUUGGAUAUUCUGACACUCCUGUUUGAUUCUCCACACUCGUCUGCGACAGAAGAGGCACCCCUCCAUGUCUCCGCUGCCAAUCCAAAUCAUCUCGUUACGAAAUCCCAAGCUCGCAUCCUUACCAAGCAAACCGGCUAUGCACUACGAAACCACUUCGGUAUCGGCGCUUCCGGCCCCGGCAAAGACGUCGUGACUUGCAUCUCCACCGGCCACCACCUUCUCCCCAUGGCCUUCUACGGAGUCAUUUGUGCUGGAGGUGUCUUCUCCGCCGCGAGCCCUUCAGCCACACCGGCCGACCUCGCCCGGCAGCUGCGCCAAGGCGACAGCAACCUACUUAUCUGCAACGAAGACACUAAACCCAUCGCCAUCGCCGCUGCGAAAGACGUUGGCCUCCCCUCUGACCGCAUCCUCGUGAUUUCAAACGGGGGUGAAUACGCCCUCAACCGAGCCUCGGACGGUAAAAAUGUGAUCAGCCAAGGGAGCCUGGAAUGGCCGGUCAUUACGAACAAGAAGGAGCUGGAAGAGAGCCUCAUCAUCCUGAUCUACUCGUCCGGCACCACGGGCCUGCCCAAGGGCGUGAAGCUCUCCCACGCCAACGUCGUCGCCGAAGCUGCCACUGCCCUCGACCCCUGGAAGGCGUACAACGCGGAAAACAAUCCAAACUUCAGGUACCGCACGCUCGCCCACCUACCAACCGCGCACAUCGCCGGCAUCCAGGGCUACCUGAUCAAUCCAAUCUACAUGGGCGGCACCGUCUACUGGAUGCCAAAGUUCGACUUCCCGCAGUUCCUGGAGUACAACAAGAAAUACGCCAUCACGGCCUUCUUCACCGUGCCGCCCAUCUGGCUGGCCAUCGCCAAGCACCCGGCCGUGACGGACCAGUUCGACACGCUCGAGCACGCCGUCAGCGGCGCCGCCCCGCUCGGCAAGGACCUGCAGCUGGCCGCCAGCAAGAAGCUCGGCCGCGGCCGCACCAUGAUCUUCCAGACCUGGGGCUUGAGCGAGACCACCGGCAGCAUCACCCUCCUGCCCAACGGCACCCAGGACACGUCCGGCAGCGUCGCCUGCCUGAUCGCCAACCACACGGCCCGCCUGGUCGACGACGAGGGCCGCGACGUCGAGCCGGGGCAGCCGGGAGAGGUGCUGGUUCGGGGUCCUGUCGUGACGAAGGGGUAUCAUAAGAACGACGAGGCGAAUGCGGAGGCGUUUCGGGACGGGUGGUUCUGCACGGGGGAUAUUGCUGUGUUUAAGGACGGCAAGUUUUAUAUCGUGGAUCGGAAGAAGGAACUCAUCAAAUACAAAGGCCUCCAAGUCGCCCCCGCCGAGCUCGAGGCCCUGCUGCUCGCCCACCCGGCCAUCCUCGACGCCGCCGUCAUCGGCGUGUCGGCCGAAGGCACCGAGGUUCCGCGCGCCUACGUCGUCGUCGCCCAAGGAAACCAGAAAACCCCGUCCAUUUCGGCCAAGCAGAUCCAGGAGUACGUCGCGCAGAACGUGUCCGACUACAAGCGCCUGCGGGGCGGCGUCACCUUCGUCGAGGCCAUCCCGAAGAGCCCGUCCGGCAAGAUUCUGCGCAAGGAUUUGAGGGAGCUGGCGAAGAGGGAGGCGCUCGAAACGAAGGCGAAGCUUUGA